GUGAUAUUCACAUAUCUACAGCAACACUGUGUACAUGGAGAGGGAGUUCGCAACGAGUCAGAGAGCAACACGCUUUUUUUUUAACAUUCUGAUCCGAAGCCCACUUAAUCUCAUCGCCGGCUGCCGGCAGCUCGCGUGCCACUUGCCGAAGCGAUGAAUAAAGGCCGCCAUCAAUCGUGCAAAUUCACGAUACAGCAACAACGCUUUGCGGAGAGCAAUGCGAGCAUUGUAUUACUCACACACCCACCGUAGCCCAAUAAGCCUGCUGCGACACAAAGAACAUGGAUAAAAUCACCGACAAGAUCGCGGCGUUGCCGCCAGAUGCCAACUACUUCUCACUCGAAUUCUUCCCACCGAAGACGCAGCAAGGCUUCUCCAAUCUGCAUGCACGCCUCUCGCGCAUGGCUCAGGCCUUGCGGCCGCUGUUCGUCAAUGUCACGUGGGGCGCCGGCGGAAGUACGAGCGCGAAGAGCCUGGCGUUGGCGGAGUUGACGCAGCGGUCUUUGCAGUUGACCACGUGCCUGCAUUUGACAUGUACGAAUAUGAGCAGGAGAUUGGUGGACGAGGCAUUGGAGCAGGCCAAGGUGUUAGGCGUGCGAAACAUACUCGCGUUGAGGGGUGACCCGCCGAGAAGCGACGAGUAUCGGGACGACAACAGUCCGGAUGCGGUCGAGGAUGAUAGCAAUCGAGAUUUUACGUGGGCUGUAGAUCUCGUUCGCUACAUUCGCAAGCAGUACGGCGAUUACUUCUGCAUCGGUGUCGCUGGAUAUCCGGAGGGACAUUCUGAUCUGUCGCAUCCUGAGCACCAAUCUGUCGAGCAUGACCUUCCCUACUUGGUCGAGAAGACGAAGGCUGGAGCAGAUUUUAUCAUGACUCAACUGUUCUACGAUGUUGAAGCAUACCAGCAGUAUGAGCGUCGCCUACGGGAGCAUGAAAGUGGCGUCUUCAAAACUAUUCAGAUCAUUCCAGGUUUGAUGCCUGUGCAGAGCUACCAAAUCUUACGCCGUACAACGAAGCUUAGCCAUGCAUCAUUACCAAAUGACGUGCUCAAGAGGUUAGAGGCGGUCAAGGGUGACGAUGAGGCUGUGAAGAGGGUCGGCAUCGACAUCCUCUGCGAAGCUGUGGAGAAGAUGAAGGGCAUGGAGAACCCAGGCCCACGAGGCUUUCACUUCUACACUCUGAACCUCGAGAAGGUGGUUACACAGAUCUUGGAGCGGGCAAGCUUAGUGCCGCCCGCAACGCCUGUCGUCAUCAGUCUAGAUGAGAACGGCCUGCCUGAACAGGCUGUCGCGGAAGAAGAGACAGACGGUUUCUUAAUGGUUGAAGACGCAAAGAAACGCCACCAUCGCAGACAGUCGUCAGCUAGGAAUUCGCAUCCCCGAAACCGAGUGGUGGUACCGCGCGACCGUGCGUCAAGCACCAGCAGUACUCGCACGUCUGCAGCUUACGAAGCGCCCGAUGACGAGGCAGGUGUACCGAAAGAUCAGAUUAACAACCGCGCGAACACCUUGGCCAUCUCCGAAGGCGAAGGCGCGCUUGGACGAGAGGCGACAUGGGACGACUACCCUAACGGACGUUGGGGCGACGUACGAUCUCCCGCUUACGGCGAGAUUGACGGAUAUGGCGUGAGUCUGCACGCUACCAUCCCCGAAGCGAAACGCUUAUGGGGCUUUCCAACAACGGAGAACGACAUUGCGGACAUCUUCCGCAAGCAUCUGGAGGGCAAGAUCAAUGCCAUUCCAUGGUCGGAAGAAGCUUUACUGCCGGAGACACUGACCAUCAAGAAGCAGCUGCUUGGGUUGGUGGAGAAGGGAUGGUGGAGCGUGGCUUCUCAGCCAGCCGUCAAUGGCGUCCGCAGUACAGAUUCGGUCUUCGGGUGGGGACCGAAGAACGGUUUCGUCUUCCAAAAGCCAUUUGUAGAGUUGUUCCUACCCGCUGCCGAUUGGGAGAGGCUGCGACAGAAGUUGAUGGAAAAUGAGCAGGUCACGUACUUUGCUGGGAGUGCUGCAGGCGACUUUGGCAGCUCAGAUGAGCAUUCAGUCAAUCCAGUCACUUGGGGUACGUUUACCGGUAAAGAGAUCAUUACGCCGACAAUCAUUGAGGCAGUGAGCUUCAAAGCGUGGCUUGAGGAGGCGUUCGGUAUCUGGGCAGAGUGGCAACGCGUAUACAAGCCUGCGUCGGAAAGCAGCAAGCUGCUGGAGCGUGUGAGGAGAAACUAUUGGCUGGUGAAUGUGAUCCAUCAUGGGUAUCUUGAGGAGAAUGCUUUAUGGGACCUUCUGCUGGGUGCUUAAUCGUGCCGCGACGGCCUAGCGUGGAUCAUCAGGACU